AUGCAGCAGAUAGACGCACCUCUCACCCGCUGUGCAACGUUCUUGGUCCUCUGCAUCGGGGAUUCACAAGAUGCUGUCCAGAACAUACAAAACAGUCUUGCGGGCGUCAGUGGUCUUAUCAAGAAUGUGUCUUCCCGAGACAAUAAAGCCCGUUUCGCUUGUACAACUGGAAUUGGCAGUGACGCCUGGGGUCGUCUAACGGAACACCCGAAGCCAAAGGAGCUUCGAACUCUGCCCGUACUGAAGGGCAAGAAGCACAGCGCCGUUUCGACGCCUGGCGACUUGCUUUUCCACAUUCGCGCCGACCGACAAGAUAUGUGUUUCGAGUUUGAAAGGCAGCUCAUGGAAUCCUUUGGCGACGCAGUAACAAAGGCGGACGUAACGAUCGGCUUCAGAUACUUCGAUGCUCGGGACUUGCUGGGCUUUGUGGAUGGUACCGCAAACCCUGUUGGUGCCGACCUGGCAGAAGCGACGUUUGUGACUGCAGAAGAUGAUGCUUCAUCUAUUGAUGGGAGCUAUGUCGUCGUCCAAAAGUACCUGCACGAUCUUGCCUCGUGGAAGAAGCUCACUGUAGAGCAGCAGGAAGCGGUGGUGGGCCGUACGAAACUCGAGAACAUCGAGCUUGACGACGCAGACUCGGGACAAAAAGCCCACAAGACUCUCGCCACCAUUGAAGAUGAACAUGGCGUAGAGCACGAUAUUCUUCGAGACAAUAUGCCAUUCGGCUCGCCUGCCUCUGGCGAAUAUGGAACGUACUUCAUUGGAUACUCCCGCAAGCUUUGGGUGACGGAGAAGAUGCUGGAAAGAAUGUUCGUGGGAGAUCCUCCUGGGCUGCAUGAUCGUAUCCUGGAUUACUCCAAACCUGUGACCGGCACGACGUUUUUCGCACCCAGUGCUCAGUUCCUCAACGGUCUUGCCUCAUAA